UUGCAGGGCAUUUAAGUUGAUUAAUUUAAACUUCUAUGACGAUUUUUAAUGCCAGUAUAAUUUUAGUUGAAGUCAAAUAAGUUGAAUUUUAAUUUCUCAUUGGUUAUGUAAUUAGCAUGCAGUCUUAAAAUACGACUACGACAUUUUGUUGUUGAAUUUUUUUAAUUACAAUUAGAUAUAAAACUUUUGACUCGUUCUAAUAUCAGUUUUGUUGGAUUUUCUUGAAAAGUGUAAGUGAAGAAUUGAUAACAUUAUUUAUAAGUUUUCAAGAACUAUAGCUAUGGAAAAGUUUGAUGAAAAAUUCCCUUUGCUAAAUGGAAGUUUAAAUUACUUGAAUAAAAAAGCAGUUGGCCAUAUAACAAAUAUUGUGAGAAAUAAAAAUAAAUUUAUAUUUCACUUGAUAUUUGAAGAUCAAAGUAGCUUUAAAAAAAUUCUUGAUCUUGAUUUGACAGAAGAGGAUUUGGUAACUUUGACAUCAAAUUUAGAGUUUGAUUCUCUAUAUGGUUGUUUGCAUCCGAAUACAAAAAAAUGGGUUCGAUGCUACAUUGUAUCCAAAUUUCAAGGCCAAGCUAUUGUUGCUCUUUGUGACACUGGGGAAAUAACUAAAACUAAAAAGCUAAAAAAUAUCCCAAAUAAGUAUAAAACUAUACCAGUGACUACAUUUCAAGCUGAGGUCAUGUGUAUUUGUCCUCAAGGAAUUUUGCGUCAUCUUAUGGAAAAUUUUCAUAGCUAUACUGCAACAUUUGAGUCCUUCAACAAUGAAACUGAUUCUGAAGAAUAUAAAAAAAUGUUUUUAGUAUAUGAAGGAACUAUUAUGGUAGAAUUUAUUUUAAAAAAUUGGGAUCCUCGUUUGUGUGUUGAGUCAUGUGAUAGCUCAGAAGUAUUUAAAAAUGGUUGUACUGUUAUUAUGGCUAAACCUGAAAAUUAUGAUCCAAGACAUAUUUUUGUUAGAAGUUCUGAUAAAUUUAUCAAAGUUUGUAGAGAGGUAGAAGCCUAUUGUUAUAAAAAUAAAGAUUUUAUUGAAAAAAAAUCAAUAAAAUUAGGAGAAAUUGUUGGAGUAAAAUAUUCUAACAAGUUUACCAGAGGAAAAAUUAUUAAUAUCAGUGGACAAAAUUUUUCUUUGUAUUUAAUUGAUUCUGGUGUAACAAUAACUACUACACUUAGUGCCAUUGUUAAUCUAUCUCCACAAUUAAAAGAAAUUCCUCCUACUGUUUGCUUGGUUGGAUUAAAAGACAUCACUAAUAAACCAUGGCUACCAGAGGCACAGACAUAUAUUUAUUCAUUGUUUGAAAAUUCUACUACAAUGAUACUUGAGUAUAAUGAUAAUGAUGCAUUUGGUUUAGAUUCUGUUUCAUUGACAAUAGUUAACAAUAAUCAAGAUGUAAAUAGUCAUUUAAAGGAUUUAUUGAAAUUAGUCAAAGAACCUUCAGUCAGUUGCUUCACUCCAUAUCAAUGGGUUAAUUCUAAUUCCACUCAUGAAGAUACUGUAAAUAAUACAAAUAAGGAAAAUAUUGGGACUGAUACCUUAGUAAAAACAGAUCAUGUAUAUAAAUCCUCAGAAGAUUUUAAUAAAUUUAAAAAAUAUUCUAUUAGUUCUGGUAAUGUUGUAUACAUGACGGCAUUUAUUGAUUUGACAGAGAUAUAUGUUAGAAAAGUUGAUGAUGAUACUGAACUCGAUAUUUUAUUAGAGAAAGUAGACAAAUAUUGUGCAGUUGCUCCCCUCAUCAAUAAAACUUUAUCAAUUGGUCAGAUGGUUGGAGUUAAAUCAGUUAUUGAUGGUAGAUUUUAUAGGGGAGAAGUAUUAAAUCAAAUUGAUAGUAAUAAUUAUUUAAUUCGAUACAUUGAUUAUGGAGACAAAGAUACUGUACCAAUAUCAAAUAUAGUUGAAAUUCCUAUAGAAUACAUGAUACUCUCUACAGUAAAGGCAAUAACUCUAAAAGGAAUUAAUUUGUCAAGUUCUUUGAGUGAUCUUGCCAAAGAGUACAUUUCAAAUUUGUUAGAAAAUUAUGAGCCAAUGAUAAUUAAUUUUAGUAAUGAAAUCCCUCUUAGAGAUGUUACUUUGUUAAAAGUUGUAAACAAUGAAAAUGUUAAUGAAACCUUAAAUAAACUAAUAAGUAAUCAAGAUUUAAAAACUCGGAAUAUAUCUCUUAAUACACUUUCAGAAGUCAUUGUUCAUGAGGAUAGCAAAAAUGGUGAUGAAUGUUUAACUCUAUGCAAAGGUGAUGCUGUUUAUAUUACUGAAUUCAAAGAUACUCUUAAUGUUUACGUGCGUAAAAUAGAAGAUGAAACUAGUGAAUUCUUAAAUUUUAUUGAAGAAGUCAACUCUUAUUGUGCAUCUGCAAAAACUGUUGAUUCAUUAAAGUUGAAUGAAAUAGUUGGUGCUAAAUCACUAUUAGAUGGAAAUUUUUAUAGAGGUAGAGUUAUUGAAAUUUUAAGUGACAAUAACUAUAAAUUACAGUUUAUUGAUUAUGGAAAUGAGGAAUGUUUAAAUAUAACAGACAUUGUUUUCCUUUCAAACAAUUUAAAACAGGUAACUCCAAGUAUACAUCAUUUAAUUUUGAAAGAUGUUCAAUUGACAACUUUGACAAAUGCAGCUAAAGAUUAUAUUACCCAUUUGUGUGAAAAUGAAUCUUUGAUAAUUGAAUAUAUUUAUCAAAAUUUUGUAGUGUUGAAAACUUCAAAUCAUAUAAUAGUGAAUGAACAUUUAAAUAAAUUAAUAUGUGACUCAAAUGAAAUUGAAAACAAUUGUACCAAAAAAAAUAAUACUGAAAUUGAAACGAUAUUAGAUACUCUUAAUAAACCAUUAAAUGAUCUCGGAGAAAAAUAUUUGUACCCAGGAGACAAAGUUUACAUGUCAGCUUUUGAAAAUUUGACAGAAAUAUAUGUAAGAAAAUUAAAAGAUAAUAAUGAGGAAUUCCAUAAAUUAUUAGAUGAAGUAGAUUUAUUUUGUUCAUCAGCUGAAGCAAUAAAAAGACUUCCAAAAAUAGGAGAUUUAAUUGGAGCUAAAUCAAGCCUAGAUGAAAAUUUCUACAGAGGAGUAAUUUUAGAUAAAGUAGAUAAUGAUAGUUAUUUAAUUCAGUUUAUUGAUUUUGGCGAUAAAGAUACAGUGCACAUAUUGGACAUAGUUGAUUUGCCCAAAGAUCUAAUGUGCCCAUCAAACAUUAGUACUGUAACAUUAAAGGGUUUAGAUUCAAAACCUUUAACAAAAGCUGCCAAAGAAUAUGUGAUUAAAUUAAUGCAAAGUUAUAUACCGAUGAUCAUAGAUUUUGAUCCAUUAGAAUCUUUAAAAAAAGUUGUUUUAAUCACAGAGAAUGGUAAUGAAAAUGUUAAUGAAAAACUAACAAAGUUAUUAGCUGAUGAAAAUAAUACAGAUAAAAAUCAUGUUGCAAAGAAAGAUACUAAUACUAAUGAAUUUGUUGACACAUUGAGUUUAUUGAAAAGUGGUGACAUUGUAUACAUGACAGCCUUUAUUGACUUAAAUAAUAUAUUUGUACGUAAAGUUGAAGAUCAUAAUGAUGAGUUUGUGAAGCUUAUUGAAAGGGUUCAUACAUAUUGUUCAUUAGGAAAUACUAGUGAUAGUAAACCACCAAACUUAUUAGAAAUAUUUGGAGCUAAGUCUGUUGCUGAUGGAUGCUUCUACAGAGCAAGAAUAACAAGCAAAAUUGAUGAAAAAAAUUACAAUAUUGUAUUUAUUGAUUAUGGAUAUGAAGAAUGUGUUAAUUUGUCUGAUAUUGUACCAUUACCUAUAGAAUUGCAACAAGUAAAGCCUUCAAUAUGUUUGAUUGGACUUAAAGAUAUACCAAAUGACCAUUUAAAUGAUGGUGUUUAUAAAUAUUUGGAAACUUUAUUGUUGCUAUGUGAACCAUUAAAACUUGAGUGUGAAGAUUUAAAAGAAGUGACACUAACAGUUAUUAAUGGAGAAGUAAAUAUCUUGAAUCACAUUAAAAAACUGCUAACAGACAAUAUUAAUCCUGAAGAUAUUAAAAGUGCUUCUUCAAAUUUAGAAGAAAAUGGUACUAUAAUACCCAUCCCAAAAAUACCUUUAUUAACUAAUAAUAGUGUUAUCACAGUUUAUUCAUUUGUUAAUGCUAGAGAUAUAUAUAUUAAAGUAGAUUACAACAAAGAAGAAAUGGAUGUGUUUUUGAACAAUUUUUCUUCAUACUGUUCUUCUAUUGGUGCUAUCAGUGAAACACCUAUAAUUGGUGAAGUUUGUGGUAUCAGAUCAUCUAUUAAUGAUUUGUUUUAUAGAGGUAUUAUUAAAGAGCAAAUAAGUAAUAAUCAGUAUAAAGUAAAAUUUUUUGAUCUUGAAAAUGAAGAUGUUGUAGAACUUAAUAGCAUUGUUAAAAUUCCGGAUUAUCUUAAGAAAAUACCACAAAGUGUCUACGUAGUCAGUUUGAAAGGAGUAGAUGUUGAAUUAUUUAAUGGUCAGGUUAUAUCUUACAUAAAUUGGCUUUGUGAAAAAAAUAUACCAUUAAUAAUUGAAUUGGAAGAAAGCAGACCUAAUUAUGAAUAUUCUGUAACAUUAAAAACUGUUGAUACAAAUCAAAACAUAAAUGUUCACUUAACAAAACUUAUGUCAGAAAAAGAAAGAGAAUCUCCUGAAGCAAUGCAACUGUUAAGCAAAGGUGAUAUUGUGUAUAUAUCAUCAUUUGAUGAUCUACAAAAUCUUAGUGUUAGACGCAUUAACAAUGGAACAGAUAAAUUUAAGUCAUUUUUAGAAAAAUUUUCUUCUUCCUGCGCCUUAGAAAAUCCAAUUAAUAGAACUCCAAUAAUUGGUGAAAUAAUUGCAGCUAAAAAAAAUUGUAAUAAAUACUGUAGAGCAGAAAUUAUUGAAGCAGUAGAUCAUGAAAACUAUAAUGUUUGUUUCAUUGACUAUGGAACUAGAGGCAUUGUUAAUAUUAAAAAUAUUGUACAACUAUCUAAUAAUCAAUUAAAGAAUUGUGCUACUUCCUUGUACUUAGUCAACUUGAAAGGAUUACCAUCUGGACCAUUAAACUCAGCAGUUCAAUUUUUCAUAAAUACAAUAAGUAAAAAUGAAAGAUUUAUAAUUGAUUCUAUUACUGAUCAAAAUAAAGUUGUACUUAUAUCAGUCAAUACAAAAGAAAAUUUGAAUGACAAAAUUAAAGUUCUUAUGGGUAGUAGAAAAACAAUCAAUAAUGGUAUUAAGGAAGUAUAUAUCCCAGAAUCUGCUGCCAAUUUUGAUAAGUCAAUUAUAAAAUACUAUAAAAUACCUCUAGACAUUCCAUCACAGGUGUGGAUAGCACAAAAAAUAUCUGCGUCAGUUUUUUUUGUGUAUACAGCUGAAAGUCGUCUUGAGCUAAGGCACUUAGAAUCCAUUAUGUUUGAAGAUAGCACUAAAUUUCAGCCAGUUAAGUUGAUUAAACAAUUUAUGCCAUGUGCUAUAUAUUUUGCUCAUAACUGGUAUCGAGGAGAAAUAUAUGAAGUUAUUAAUGAAACGACAGCAAGAGUUAAACUUAUUGAUCUUGGAAAUUUUGAAGUUAUUCGUUGUAUUAAAGAAAUUUUUAGCUUAUUGCCAAAAUACCAAGGAAAAUCAAUGCUUAUCAAAAUAAAUAUACAACCAAUACCAGAAGAAAUUUUGUAUGCUAAUUGUUAUAAAGUUAUAGGAAAGAAAUUUUUGGAAGAUAGUACUAUAGUUAAAUUAAUAGAACCUAAUGUUAUGAAUCAUUCAUAUGGUGAUUUAGAAAAUGUUGGACUACCAUCAUUUAGUUCUACUCCAAUUCCUGAUGAUAUGAAUGGGUUUGAUUUUAAUAAAGAUAAUCUCGAUCAAAAUGUGAAUAAUGGUAAUGUGUCUAAAAUACAACCAGAAAUUAUAACAAAUAAAUUGUUGUCAAAUAAUCAAAAUUCACUGAAUCAAUCCUCACAAAAGUUUGUAAUCAAAGAUGUACAACAUGCUAGGUGGCCAAAAGGAUCAAAAAAAAACUUAACCUUUUUGUGUCAAAGUAAAGAUUAUUUAGUUAUGAGAGACCAUCUUGUAGAUGAUGCUGUAACUGAUUUAGAAACUAAAAUUCAAGAGUAUUGUUUGGAAAAUAUUGAUAUGUAUUCUCCAGCAUUAGAAGAACUCUGUAUUGCUAAGUAUAGUGAUGAUUUAUGGUAUAGAGCACUGUGUGUCAAAAAACCUGAUAUGUUUAACAAAAAUAAUAAUUACACAGUCUAUUUUCUGGAUUGGGGAAUAGAAUACUCUGUCAUACCUGAAGAUUUGAGAGAAAUGCCAAAGAAUUUUAUUUAUUUACCUGCAUCUGCAAUCAAAUGCUUUGUUAAAGACUUAGAUGUCAGUGUUACAAGAUGGAGUGUUAAUACAAUUAAGGCUGUUGGAAAACUUAUGUUAAGUGUACUCAACUGUCACAUUAUUGAGAAAAUAUCAAACGAUUGUUAUUUAAUUGAUUGUGAAACUAUUGUUAACUUAGUUAAUGAGGCUGAAAAAUAAAAGUUUACAUAUAUACAGAGAAAUGUUAAAAUAUAGUAUUAAAAAUAAUUAAAAUGUCUUUUCUUUUGUUUAAAUAAAUUGUAUAUUUUUAAUGUGAUUAUUUUUAAGUUUAUAAAUAAAUUUUUUUGAACUGUUGUA